GUUUUGUUUAUGUACGUCUUUGUCUCACUUUAGUUAAUGAUUGACAAGUGCACAAGGAAAAUGGGGAAGUAUAUAUUUCGUUAAGGUUAAGGUUAUACAACAUUAUUUUGUUAGUCAGUUUGUUUACGAUUCGACUAAUUUUUCCUACAAGAAGUAUUAAGUGAAUAACUCAACGAGAAUUCAUAUGUAGAGAAGCGUUCGAUAAAGCACAAAAUUUGUCGCCAAGAUGAGUAAGAUGUAUACAACCGCCAACCUUUCUGAUAAAGAAUUAAAGGAAGAAGGGAACCGCCUUUUCAAUCUUCACAAAUACGAGGAUGCUGCACACUGCUACACCAAAGCAAUUAUUAAAAAUCCAACCCAAGCACUAUACUUUACGAACCGAGCGCUGUGUAACCUGAAAUUGAAACGAUGGGAAUCGUCCUGUCUAGACUGCAGACGUGCUCUUGAUAUCGACCCAUGUCUGGUGAAGGGUCAUUUUUUCUUGGGUCUAGCUCUUCUUGAAAUGGAAUUGUUCGAUGAGGCUGUUAAACAUUUACAAAGAGCUGUGGAUUUGGCCAAGGAGCAAAAGUUAAAUUAUGGAGAUGAUAUGACCAGCAUUUUAAGGCAAGCGCGAAAACGUUGUUUCCAAUUGAGAGAAGAACAGAGAAUUGCACAAGAUAUUGAAUUACAAUCAUAUCUCAAUCAAUUGAUAGUAGAAGAUGCUGAACGAAGAUUAGCUGCUUUAAAGGAACAAGAAAUAGCUAAAGAUCCAGAUGAUAAAAAUGAAGCAGAAGCCUCAUCUAUCGAAUUCACAAGAAAGAAAGAAGAAAUAGAAGAAAAAAGAGAUAUGUGUAUGGCUCACCUUAAUGAUCUAUUUGCAAAAGUAGAUGAGAGAAGAAGGAAAAGAGAAGUACCUGAUUAUUUAUGUGGAAAAAUUAGUUUUGAAAUUUUGCAAGAACCAGUGAUUACACCAAGCGGAAUUACAUAUGAACGGAAAGACAUUGAAGAACAUUUACAAAGGGUAGGUCAUUUUGAUCCAGUCACUAGAGUUCGUUUAACUCAAGAUCAAUUAAUUCCUAAUUUAGCAAUGAAGGAAGUAGUAGAUACAUUUUUGCAAGAAAAUGAAUGGGCAUUGUAUUAUUAAUACAUAAGGUUACUGCCGUACUUUUACGAUCAAUGAUUGCGUAUGUCAUGAUUAUUUUUGGGUCCUAUUAAUUUGCAUAAAUGUGUAUGUCAUUACCUUGUUAGCAGUAAAUAGAUCAUGUAUUUAUAUGUGAAAUUCAAUUCAACUUUUUUCUAUCUUGAUUGAAUUUAGUUUAUUACUUGAACAGUCAUUGAUUAAUUAAAUAAGGUUGAUAAAUAAAAAUUUUAAUAACAAACGAAUAUUCCUUCAGUUGACGAUUUAUAUACGAAAUAUUAAAAAUAGCACACUCAGUACUCUUAAAUAGGAUGUUAAAUAAUAUAGGUCAUAUAAAAGUGUUAAAACUGUAUAUCUUUUUCUGAUAAAUAAUUAUUCUGAUAAUAAAUUUAUUGUUUGAUGUAUAAUGGAAUAUUUUAAUAUUUCCCAAUUAGAUAGAUAAAAAAUAUUGAUUUUGUAGUAAGUAAUUUUAAUUGUUUACUUACAUUAAUAUACAACAUAUAUAUUACAAUUAAUAUAUUUCACACAAUCUUAAAUACAUUUAGUUUAGUAUAUUACACAUUCUCUAAAAAUAAAUAUAUUUACACACAAAUACAAUAUAUGGACAUAACAUGUCAUGAAAUUAAUGUAUAUUAUUUCUUUUUCAAGUGAACAAUAUUAGAAAAAUAAAAGAAAAAUUUAAAGAAAAAUUACAUUUAAUGCAAUAAUAAUAGUAGUUCCAGCUACAACAGGUGGCAUAUAAUAUUGAUAAAAAGCUGGAUAAGGUGCUGCUCCCAUUAAAAGUAUAACCCAACCUGAGAAACAUAAUACACUGGAUAAUAUUUGAGAUCGAUUCUUAUGAUUAUUGGAAGGAAGUUGCACCCAUCCCAUUGUACUGCAUGUUACUAAAACUAUCCAGCUUUGUAAUAAUAAAGGAUCUUCAGAAGAAAGUUUCAUAUCAUAACUAAAACAAAUUUACAAAAACAUAGGAAUAUUUAACAAUUAAAUACUUGAUUUUUAUAAUAAGAUAAAUUGCAAACCUGAAAUUUUUUGCCCACACAAGUACAGAAGGUAUGGCUGGAAUAGCAGUAAAACACCAGAGUAUGAAAAGGAUAAGAUGAUUAAAUAUUUUUUGUCUUGUAUUUUCAUGCCCUUCAGAAUCAUUUUUCGCACUUCUAAAUCGUCGUAUCCAGUUAAAAUGUUGUAACGAAGCCAUUAAUAGUUCUUCUAAGUAAUCUUCAUACAUUUUUGUCAAAUUCAGAAAAUAUAGAAAAACUGAAAUUAGCAUAGCUAAACCUCCACAAGUUGCUGGGAUUAAAGAUAAAACAAGAAUUGCACUAAUAAAAGGCAACUGA